GCCAAGACGACGACGACGAUGGCGGUCCGCGCUCGGUAUGGCCUUCUCUUCCCGCGGUCCUCUUCGCUGGCGGCCAUCGACGCGGUGCAAGUAGCGCUGGAGGCGCGGGGCCUCGUCGUCGUGCGCGAGACGAUUGCCGGCGAGACGAGUCCGGUCGCGACGUCGUACCUCGCCAAGCACCACGCCAUGGCGCUCACGGUGACCUGCAGCCACGCGCGCCUCGAAGCACAUGCCGAGCGCCUCGGCCUCUUCAAGCCGCUCGCGGACUCGCCGUGCGCGCGCAGAGAGCCGUUUGUGGUGGCGCGCGGCGACACGUUUGCGCACUACGCCGAGAAGGACGGCCCGCACCGGUUCUUCUCGAGCAGCGAAGAGCUGUACGUACUCGGCGACCUCCUUGACGACGGCGUCGAGGGCCACCACGUUGAGAUGUUGCCGCUCCACGACAAGCACGAGAAGAGUGUGCUUUGGCGCGACUUUUGCUGGUCGUUGUACCCAUCCAACACGGACCUCGCCGACCGCAUGGAGGCGUACUUUGGGUCCCAGGUCGCCUUGUACUUUGCGUGGCUGCACUACCUCACGAUCUUCUUGGCCGGGCCCGGCGUCCUCGGCGGCCUCCUCACGCUCUACGAGUACCUCGCGGACGUCGACGAGAGCGACGACGUGGCGGUCUCGCCCUUCUUUACGCUCUUUAUGGUGCUCUGGAGCGCGUGCUUUUUGCAGUAUUGGCAGCGCCGGUCGGCUGCGCUCGCUUGUCGCUGGGGCCUCCUCGAAGCCGCGACCAAGCGCACGCUCCGCCCGGACUUUGUCGGCGUGCCCCACACCAACACGUUCUCGGGCGUCGUCUCGCUCACGUACCCGUACUACUACCGCGCGUUCAAGUACAUAUGGUCGGCGCUCGUCACGACCAGUCUCCUCUCGAUGGCAGUCGGUAUCAUGGUGAUCUCGCUCAACUUUCAAGGCUACAUCCACGCCAAGUCGGUCGGCGGCGCGUACUUGCAUUGGCCGCUCGUGCACCAAUUUUCGCUGCCCGGCGCGGUCUUUGACCAGCAAGGCGGCGGGCCGCUGCCGUACGUGCUGCCGUACGUGCCCGUCGUACUGCACUGCUCGCUCAUUCUGUUGCUCAACUUGCGCUACCGCAAAAUUGCGUAUGCGCUCACGCAGUAUGAGAACCAUGCGACGACCGAGUCGUUUGAGAAUGCGCUUGUGCUCAAGCGCUUCUUUUUCGAAGCCUUUGACUGCUACAUUGCGCUCUUUUAUCUUGCGUUUUGCCAACUCGAUGUCGUCUUGCUCAAGGCCGAGCUCACGUCCUUGUACAUGGCCGACACGUUCCGGCGCGUCGGGCUCGAGACGCUCUUGCCGUUAGCCCUCAAGUACGUGGGGACGCGGCCGCGGGACGCAAAGACAAAGAAGGACGACGAGGCUGCAACGUCGGCCAAGGUGCAAGUCGUCAAGGAGGCGACCGCGUUCGACGAGUAUGAGCCGUUUGACGACUACCUCGAAAAGGUCAUUGAGUUUGGCUACGUCACGCUCUUUGCGUCGUGCUUUCCGCUCGCGGGGCUGCUCUCGAUGGCAUCGAACCUCAUUGAGCUCAAGUCGGACCAGUUCAAGCUCAUCUUUUUGACCCAGCGCCCGGCCAUCGCGCGCUGCACCACCAUUGGCAUUUGGCAGUCGAUUCUCGGAGGCCUCGUGUGGCUCUCGGUGCUCACCAACGUCUUCCUCUUUGGCUUUACGACCGACCAGCUCAGUCUCUUCUGCCCCUCGUGGUUUCAAACGAUUCCGGUCGAAGACGCGGCGUUCGGUGGCGUCGACCAUAUUCAUGUCGCAGCGUCGGGCCAGGGCAUGACGGUCAUGGGUUUUGUCUUUGGCGUCGAGCACGUCCUCUUUGUGCUCGUGUUUCUCAUUACGAAGCUCAUUCCGAGCGUCCCCGACAGCGUCAUCGAAGAGACGGCACGGCGCCAACGAGCGCUCGUGCUCGCCAAGCCAGCGUCGUCCGCCGAGUCGGGAUAGGUGUAGGGUUAAAAGCCUCUCUACGUGUAAGAAACCAAGGCGUUCUUGUCAUACCGUUGCAUUCUUGAUGCAAAGUAG